UUCUCACGCGCUUCAAACGGUGCAGCAGUAAUUUUUUACCACAGCUAGCGUCGGUCUUGUCAUUGAAUAGUUUUAGGGAAUUCAAGUCAAAAAUGACUGAAAAGAAAAGAAUCUGUAUAGUUGGAUCUGGAAAUUGGGGGUCAGCUAUUGCUAAAGUGGUAGGAAACAAUGUACAAAAGUUGGAUGAUUUUGAGACAGAGAUUAAGAUGUGGGUGUUUGAGGAGGAUGUUAAUGGUAGAAAACUUACAGAAAUCAUUAACACAGAUCAUGAAAAUGUUAAAUACCUGCCAGGACAUAAAAUACCAACAAAUGUGAUAGCUGUUCCAGAUCUUGUUGAGUCAGCAAAAGAUGCUGAUAUUUUCAUAUUUGUGAUACCACAUCAGUUCUUGCCAAGCAAGUUUGUUCAUCAACUAAAGGGAACAAUUAAAAAAUCAGCCUUAGGUGUUUCAUUAAUUAAGGGAUUUUCAAUGAAAGAAGGUGGUGGAAUUGCCCUUAUAUCAGAAGAAGUAGUAAAUACAUUAGAGAUACCCUGUGCUGUAUUAAUGGGUGCCAAUAUUGCAAAUGAAGUUGCGUCAGAAAAUUAUUGUGAAGCCACAAUAGGUAUUAAAGAUAAGUCUCAGGGAUUAUUAUUGAAGAAAAUGUUUCAAGCAGAUUAUUUCCGUAUAGUUGUCUGUGAAGAUGAGGAUACUGUAGAACUGUGUGGAGCAUUAAAGAACAUAGUAGCAACAGGAGCAGGUUUUGCUGAUGGUUUAGGGUAUGGUGAUAACACAAAGGCAGCUGUGAUUCGUCUAGGUCUUAUGGAAAUGGUGAAAUUCUGUGAAGCUUUCUGGCAUGGAUCGACGCAGAGUACAUUUUUAGAGAGUUGUGGUGUAGCUGAUUUAGUAACUACUUGUUAUGCAGGCAGAAAUAGGAGAGUAGCAGCUGCUUUUGUUAAAGCAGGAAAGACAAUCGAGCAGUUAGAACAAGAGAUGCUCAAUGGACAGAAGCUACAAGGUCCACCGACAGCCGAGGAGGUUAACUUUAUGUUAAAGAGCAAAAAUAUGGAAGAUAAAUUCCCAAUGUUUACUGCCGUUCAUAAAAUAUGCAAAGGUGACUUGCCAGUAGAGGAAUUUAUCAACUGUUUAAAGAACCAUCCAGAGCAUAUGUAAAAACAGCAAACAGAAACACACACUUUCUUAUAGUUAAAUAUAUAUAAUUGUUGUUCUGUUAUUAGGCAACCUGGAGUUUUUAGCAAUUGAUUUUAUGAUGAUUUUAUUUAUAUUUAGUAGUCAAGAGAUGUAUACAAAAUGUUAAAGAGUUUAGUAAGUGUAGCCCUGAAUACCUGAAGUUAUGCUAGUCUGUAUCAUUUUAAUUUGAAUUGUAGUUCUUGCUCUUUUCAGUAUAGUAUUACAUAAGUUCUUAAAAUGUUUGUCACUUUUACACAAAAACAUUUAAGGUCAUAGCGCAAGUUUUGUUAAGAAUGAAAAACAUAUGUUGUAAGUAUUGUGAGUAUUUUGUUCAUAUCACUGUGAACUGAUCAUUCAAUCUUGAAGGAAGUGUGGGACCACUGUGCCUUAACCCAUACCAUGCCAACUAUCUUAAAUGUACUUGUUUAUCUUUUAAUCUGGGCAAAACCUUUUGUUAGUUUUUAGUUGAAAAUUUCAAGAUUGUAUACUGAAUGAAUAGUGGACAAUGCAGACCUUGAUUAGACAAACAAUCUUUGUCUGCACUAGUUGCAUUGGUAGAAUCAGUUGCUGCUACCAGGCUAAAAGUUGAUGUAUAAAAAGAUGUUUUUUCAUAUGCAAUUCUUUACAUACUCCAUUACAAACUAACAUAUGUCUUAAAGUUAUAUUUAUCAUGUAUCAUGCAUAUAUGUGCAUGUAUAGAUAAAUCAAAUUUGAUAUAAGCGCAUAUUUUACGUUUAAACUUUUAGAAAUAUUGUUACUUAGAAUGGGCCACGUUUUGCUUAAGUUUCUAAUUUUUUAUUAAGCAAUAUAUGUUUGUGCUCAGGGAAUUAAACAAGAACCACAGUCAUAUGAGUCUGGUUCUUAUCAUCUUAUCGUGAAUUCUACUGAAAUUGUUAUUAUAACAACUUUAUUUUACAGUAUUUACUAUACAUUGUUUAAGGGUAUUAAGUAAUUGUACAACCAAGGGUAUGCAGCUUAUUGCUUUAAGUUCAGUUUAAUAAUAAACUGUAUGUAUGUGUAUUUAGGGAAAAUGUUACUGUUGAAGUUUGUAUUGUAUCAAUAUAAAAUAUAAACUUUAUUGUGUAUGUGGGAUGGUAAAUGGCUUGCAUGAUUUUAUGUAGAUAUAGUGUAGUUAGUUUACAUGCUAAAAUUCACUCUUUUUCGCAUAAAUUAUAUUUAUUGUCUUUGUUUUCUUGCAAUUCAUAAAAUAUUAGAUUCUUUCAAUGAAAUAUACUUUAUAUUACUCACUAAAUGUCACACCUCUUGGGGGAAACAUUUUUAGCUCACCUGUCACAAAGUGACAGGGUGAGCUUUUGUGAUCGCUUUUCGUCCGGCGUCCGUCCGGCCGGCCGUCCGUCCGUCCGUAAACUUUUACUUUAAAUGACAUCUCCUCAUAAACCACUAAGCCAAUUUCAUCCAAACUUCACAGGAAUGUUCCUUUGGUGGUCACCUUUAAAAAUUGUUCAAAGAAUUUAAUUCCAUGCAGAACUCUGGUUGCCAUGGCAACCGAAAGAAAAAACUUUAAAUAUCUUCUUUUAAAAAACCAUAAGAGCUAGAGCUUAGAUAUUUGGCAUGAAACAUCUUCUAGUGAGUGUCUACCAAGUUUGUUCAAAUAAAAACCCUGGGGUCAAAAUUGGCCCCGCCCCGGGGGGUCAUUGAUUUUCCCUAUAUACAUAUAGUAAAAACUUAAAAAAUCUUCUUUUAAAGAACCAAAAGAGCUAGAGCUGAGAUAUUUAGCAUCAAACAUGUUCUAAUAGGUGUCUACCAAGUUUGUUUAAAUAAAAGCCCUGGGGUCAAAAUUGGCCCCGCCCCAGGGGGUCAUUGAUUUUCCCUAUAUUCAUAUAGUAAAAACUUAAAAAAAUCUUCUUUUAAAGAACCAAAAGAGUUAAAGCUAAGAUAUUUAGCAUGAAACAUGUUCUAAUACGUGUCUACCAAGUUUGUUCAAAUAAAAGCCCUGGGGUCAAAAUUGGUCCCGCCCCAGGGGGUCAUUGAUUUUCCCUAUAUGCAUAUAGUAAAAACUUAAAAAAUCUUCUUUAAGAGAACCCAAAGAACUAGACUUAAGAUAUUUAGCAUGAAACAUCUUCUAAUGAGUGUCUACCAAGUUUGUUCAAAUAAAAGCCCUGAGGUCAAAAUUGGCCCUGCCCCAGGGGGUCAUAGAUUUUCCCUAUAUGCAUAUAGUAAAAACUUAAAAAAUCUUCUUUUAAAGAACCCAAAGAGCUAGAGCUAAGAUAUUUGACAUGAAAUAUCUUCUAGUGAGUGUCUACCAAGUUUGUUCAAAUAAAAGCCCUGGGGUCAAAAUUGGCCCCGCCCCGGGGGGUCAUUGAUUUUCCCUAUAUGCAUAUAGUAAAAACUUAAAAAAUCUUCUUUUAAAGAACCCUAAGAGCUAGAGCUUAGAUAUUUGGCAUGAAACAUCUUCUAGUGAAUGUCUACCAAGUUUGUUCAAAUAAAAGCCCUGGGGUCAAAAUUGGCCCCGUCCCAGGGGGUCAUAGAUUUUCCCUAUAUGCAUAUAGUAAAAACUUAAAAAAUCUUCUUUUAAAGAACCCAAAGAGCUAGAGCUAAGAUAUUUAGCAUGAAACAUCUUCUAAUGAAUGAGUGUCUACCAAGUUUGUUCAAAUAAAAGCCCUGGGGUCAAAAUUGGCCCCGCCCCAGGGGGUCAUUGAUUUUCCCUAUAUGCAUAUAGUAAAAACUUAAAAAAUCUUCUUUUAAAGAACUCAAAGAGCUAGAGCUAAGAUAUUUAGCUUGAAACGUGUUCUAAUGGGUGUCUACCAAGUAUGUUCAAAUAAAAGCCCUGGGGUCAAAACUGGCCCUGCCCCAGGGGUCAUUGAUUUUCCUUAUAUGUGUAUAGCAAAAACUUAAAAAUCUUCUUUGAAAAAACCCAAAUAGCUUGAGUUUAGAUAUUAUACAUGAAACAUCUUUAAGUAAAUAUCUACAAAGUUUGUUCAAAUAAAAGCCGGGGGGUCAAAACUGGCCCUGCCCCAGGGGUGUCAUUGUUUUGAACUAUAUGUGUAUAGUAAAUACUUAAAAAUCUUCUUUUAAAAAACCCAAUGAGCUAGAACUUAGAUGUUUAGCAUGAAACAUCUUCUUAUGGGUGUCUAUCAA